UCACAUCCGGCCGUCUACCUCUCCCUCUCUCGAUCUCCCUCUCCCUCUUCCGAUCUCGACUCUCUCUCUCGAUCUCCCUCUCACUCUCCCUCCCUCUCUCGAUCUCCCUCUCCCUGCAACUUCCACUAGCCGCUGCAACAUCCAUCUGAUAUUGUAGAAGCAGCAGCAGAAGCUCUGUAUGGGUGUGUACUUCGAGGAAUAGCAGGAAUUCAAGGGCCCGUGUAUGCAGGGACAGGAUGCUUCCACAGAAGAAAAGUUAUAUAUGGGCAGCUUCCAGAUUGUAAAGCAUCCAAACGUUCAAUUUUCAAUUCAAUGAAUGGUUGAAUUGAAAGAUGGUGCUUGUUUUGUUUCAGGAAUAUAAUCAUAUUUGUUAGAAGUCCACUUCUCUUGUUGUAGAUAAGAACCUGCUGAAUCAGGUGAGCUUGGACAUGUCAAUAGCCGAGGAAAACAUGUCAACUUCACAAGCACACGCAUCAAAAAAUGCAGCAUGUGCCCGUCAGUGGCGCGACACAUGCUGGCCUCUGUAUCGCAACGGAGGAAAAACGAACUCGUACAAAACCCCCUUUGUUUUUUCUCUUGAACCCCUUCGAUCGAAGAAUGCUCUUUUCCAUGGCGUCCAACGGCUUCCCCGAUUCAGUCAAGGCAGGAAAAGAAGAUGGUGUUUCAAGUGGAAUUGUGGAAGAAAUCAAACCGCUUCCUAGUCCACAGGCACAACUUGACGAAAUUGAAAGGAAAGCACGGGUCAAUGCUGCAUGGGAGAAAAUGAAUAGCGGCAUCUCUGUUAAGACACCAAAGUUACUUGUGAAUAAAUCCAGUUCAACAGGGAACAAAACCGUACAAAAAUCUUCUUCUAAUUGGAUGGCGAAUCUUGGUCUGGUACCCAAGAAGGCAUCAUCCAGGCAAGACAUGCCACAGAAGAGGCCGGCUUCUGUACAAAAUGGCACCAGCGAAGAUGUCAAGCGGCUUGCUGCUGCAGCUCUAUCUGCAGUCAAAGAUGCUGCCGCCGUUGCUGCAGCUGCUGCAGGCAGGGGAAAGGUAGAGAUCACCGAAGUUAGGGACUUUGCUGGCGAAGAGAUUGAAGUGAAGAAGCUUGUUGAUGCCGACUCAAAGGAGGCGGCUGAGAAGGCAAAGGCACCGACAGGGCCACCCUCCGGCCUUGAUGCCGUCCUUGAACAGAUCAAGAAAAAGCAGAAGCUCAAUGUUCUCGACAAGACAAAGAAGGAUUGGGGAGAGUUUAAGGAGGAGAACAAAGGGCUGGAAGAUGAGUUGGAUGCUUAUAAGAAGAGCUCAAACCAGUAUCUGGACAGGGUUUCCUUCUUGCAGAGAACCGACUACAGAGAAUUUGAACGAGAGAGGGAUGCGCGUUUGGCUUUACAGGCGAGGAGGCGGCCCGACAUGCGUGACGAAUCAUAAUCUGACUCCUGUAUCCUCUCUCUGAUCUAAGCAUAUUUUUGCCACAUGGAAUGACAGGCGGAUGAUUGCUUUGGAAUAGAAAAUGGCCCAUGUGUUUUCGGGGACAAUGGCGGUCGUGUUUUAAAGGUGACAUGGAUAAGGUAUUGUGUGCGUGGGGUGCAUAGUUUAAGAUGCUUGCCACAUGGAAAAGGCCAUUACCCUUAUUGUAUCAUUAAAACAUUGUUUUUUCUGUGUUAAUUCAAAGCACAUCCUUUUCUUUUGUAAGGAAUUAGAAAAGAAGGAUCUUAUGAAGAGAUCUCUGUUUCAUUUGUUCUAUAAAUUCAAGUGAGGGAAUUGGUAACUACUCCCAUCCUGGUUGAUAGAUA